GUUAGGCACGAGUUUCUCGACGAACUUUCGACAGCAACUUCCGCCGUCAUGUUGUGUAGUGUCCGUGAUGUCGGAGAAUAGAAGAAGAACAAGAACACAAUAAUCGCGCUUCGUGUUAAACCUUUUUUCUAACCACAAGGUAAAUGAGUAACGCGUCAGUAGUGUGCUGGGCUUAAAGCUUUGUACAUUGUGAAAGUUGAACGAAUAUUACGAAACAUUUUCCACUUUGUGUGAAUGAACAAUACGCAGCCGAAGCGAGAGGAAGGUUGCAAACGUUGAUCAUUUCUUUGUAAAUCUGGGACUAGCCACAUCAUGUGCAGUUCAUUGUUGCGUAAGAUUGUAAAACUAAAUAACUCGCUGCAAUCAGAAUCGUGUGUAAUUAGUGUUGGUGCAGAAAAUCAUUGUAGGACUGCUCAUUUCAUAGAGUUUGUGAAAAGUGGUGAAAUAGAUAGCAUAGUCGACUGCAUUAUAAAAGGGAAAAGCUCCUGAUUACGAACAAGUUAUAAACAACUGUGCAGCUAGCUGUGGUGCUUCGAGCACACCUGUUUCGAGCGUGGUGGUUGUUCAUCAAAUUGGAUUUUCUAGAUUGAAGUACCAGUUGAUUUAAGCGGAGAAUCGCAACUUGCCUACAUCGAACUAUUUUCCUGAACACCAAGGUUCGCAACCUUACAAUCAAUCGACCUAAUCUUCAUUAAUCGGCGGUUUACGUUUUCAGUUUCAAGUAAUACACGAGGUCACCAAAAUGCCACGAAAUCGUAAAAAAUAUUCAGCUGAUACCUCGCAGGCAGAGCAAUCCGAUGACGACACCUCUAAUGACAACGCAAGCACGUACUCAUGCCACUCAGAGCACGAUCUUCUGAAUGGAAGUCAGGAAUCAGGAGAUUCAGUAGAACCUGAGGGAUUUGAAAAGCACGAAGAGAAGUUGCUCCAAGCUAUUGAGAACACGACGGACAAAUCGCAGCAGACACGAAUUUCUGCGUUCCAAAUCAUAAAUGAAGUGCUCGUUCAUCAUUACAUCCCUGACUUCAUUGAUGAGCGCAAAGUUACAUUAAUGGAUGCGGUGGAAAAGUCAAUACGACGAGGUAAAGGAACCGAGCAGUCAUGGGCCGCCAAAAUGAUCCCAUUGCUAGUGAUCCAGAUUGAGAAUGCCGAAGAUAUCAGCGAAUGUGUUAGCACGUUGAAACCUGUUUUGUUGAAUACUGUACAAGACGGGGCAGCUUCCUACGACGCACGGGCAAAAUGUUGUUCGGCCCUGGGUUUGCUUUGUUUUGUUGGUGUAGAUGAUCUGGGAGAAAUUGUACCAGUUAUGAAAGUGUUUCAAAGCAUCUUUGCCGGCAGUUACCUGAAAGGAAAUAACAGUUUAAGUGGGGCCAGUGCUGAAGCGGCAACAUUGCACAGCGCCGCAUUGAGUGCCUGGGCACUGCUGCUAACCGUGCUACCGCCGUCGGAUUUUGUUGCUAUGAUCUAUGACAACAGCUCAGUUAUCCCUUCUGUCCGUAACAUCUUUGGCAUGCUAAAUAGCCCUCAUUUGGACGUGCGCAUGGCCGCAGGAGAAACGUUGGCACUCAUAUUCGAAGUUGGACGUCAGCAUGAUGUUGAAUUUCUGGAAGACCUUCUGCCGGAUCUUGUUGAAGCAACACAGAAGCUAGCUACCGAUGCACACAAAUAUCGUGCGAAAAGAGAUCGUAAAAUGCAGCGCGCUACGUUUCGCGAUGUCUUGCGUUACGUAGAAGAAAAUAUUUCGCCAGAAAUCGUCAUAAAAUUCGGUCGGGAAAUGUUAGUGCUAGACACUUGGGCAUUUCAUCAUCAAUACACUUGCUUACGAAAUGCUCUUGGCUUCGGUAUGAAUGUGCAUCUUAGUGAGAACAUGUUCAUACGCGAAGUUUUUCAAUUAGGAGCAAAGUUGAAUGAACCAGAGCGUUUGCGAAAAACAAUUAAAGCCGAGCAAAAGUUCAUCAAUGCGGCAGCCUUCAAGGCACGUACGAUUUCUAGAGGAAAAAAUCGUGAUAAACGUUCGUAUACAGUGAACUGAACCGCUAAAACAUUGAUCAGUAAUAUGGUUCAAGUAAACUUAGUAUGAAAAACUCAAAAAAUGAAAUAUUUUGAAAAAAAUCUUUAUAUUAUCCCUUUACACUCUCUUCGUUCUGCGCUAUUAUUAAAUACACCUAAAUGGUAUCUCAAAUUUUUCGGCCGAUAAUGUUCAGACUUUUUCUAUGGUGUCUCCAAAAAUUGAAAUUCAAUAAUUAUUCUUUUCAUUUCAUAAUGAGUGAGUAGCAAACGGAACAACGGUUUAUAAAAAUUAUCUGCUAAGGACUCUUGACUUCUCUGUAUAAAAGCAUCGUUUUCUCAAACCGGCGGUUGCAGUAUUGCACACUUGUAAUAUUUGAAAUGAUUAUUUCUUUUAAAACUUUGUUACAACUCUUCGUAAAACAUCGCGCUAGCUACUUCUGUUGUAAUUUACAGUGAUGUUUGAGCUUAAGUUUCCCUAGCUAAUUGUUACCCCCUGGUUGAUAGAGUAUUCGGAAACGCUCGUCGAUGUCACGUAGCUGGCCUGUGUUUGACUCCCGUGACUGCCGUGAGAGGGGGGUUGGCGCAAGGCCAAUAACCCCUUCCGUUAAAAUACAACGUUACAGUAAGCCAUAGAGAUUAACAUUGUCUCUGUUGCAGGUCAAGAUAGCUCGGCUGUUGUAAUUUAGGGGGGAGGGGGGUGGAUGAGAUGAAAAAUCACUUAUCACGGCAGAUGGCCAAAGAAGUUAAUUUUUACAGUUGCACUAGCGCCGACCCUGCCAACUUCGUUCGGCCCAAGGUUAAUUUUCGGAAAUAAUAGCAAACGAUCAGUGCACCCAAUUAGUUAUUUUUCUAUCGAACAUGGUUGAAUUAUUUCUAUGCUAUAGUGCCGGCUACGUUAUAGCGUUCCCUGUUCCUCUAAUUAUUCGAAUUCAAACUUGGCAGACUACUUGUUUAUCAGUGCGGUCAGUGGAAAACCGGUGGUCCAUUUUGGUUUUGCAGCGUUUUAAGACUAUUUAUGGAUUUAAACUGUUGAAUAGAGGAAUUAAAAAUGGCGUCAUUAAUCAUAAAAUAUGCGUGUACCAUAUGUAAUCUGUUUAUUCAGGCGAAAUAAAGAAAUUCGUAAUAUUAUAAUCAUGUUGUUACCGUAGCUUUAAAAUAUUCCUUUUAUUACAUCGAACACGGGUUUGUAUACGAGCAUUGUGAGCAAAGGUGUAUUCUAUAAAUAUUCAUUCUUUUUGCAUUGUCCAUUAAGAAACUUUUCUUGAAGGGGGCGUUAUUAGUUAGAUAAGAUUGAAACAUCUGUUGUUGUUGAGGCUAAAAAUUAAAACUAUAGGGUAAAUUGAAACAACUAUAGGGAAAAUGCCUAAAACAAUUUGUUUAGUCUUAGAGGAACGGGCUGGUCCGUGUUUAUAUGCUUAUAACUAAACAGAUUCGACAGAUUCAACAGAUUCAGAUGCGGAACGGAAUAAUACUCAGCCGGAUUAUAAUAUUGGUAAAUGAAACAUCGAAAUUAACAUGACUGUUAACACGACUGUCUGUAAUGAACUUUCUUCGAAAUUGGCAAAUGUGUA